AUGCGUUUCGCGGCAGCUUUCUUCGUCGUACUCGUCCUCCUCGAUGUGGUUCGCAGCGAGGAAUGCACAAGAACCUGCAUUGCACAGAAUUGCAACACUCUGUCAAUUCGAUAUGGGAAGUAUUGUGGGAUUGGACACUCGGGAUGUCCUGGGGAGGAGCCUUGUGAUGAUCUUGAUGCUUGUUGUAUGGUCCAUGACAGUUGCGUUGAGGCUAAUGGUAUGACUAACAUAAGCUGCCAUAAGAAGUUUAAGCAAUGCGUAAGCAGGCUUAGCAAAUCGAUAAAACAGUCGAAAAACAAAAAAGUCGGAUUUUCAACGCAAUGCCCUUAUUCAGUAGUCAUACCAACGGUGGAUCAAGGAAUGGAUAUUGGCAUCUUAUUCAGUCAAUUAGGCAAUGAUAUGAAAACUGAGCUCUGA